CUCUGACCGCGUUUCCACGCUUGCUACGCCACUCCUCCGAGAGCUUUAUUAAAAAACUUUAUUACUUGUCUCUCUACAUCAUCUCUCUCUCUAUCUCUCGCUCAUCUCUCCACGUUUUUGUAAAAUCACAGACAGACGGCGGAGAAGUCAUAUCAUCGUCGCUCGGAAAAGUGAAAAAGAGAAAAAGGUUUCUUGUUUUAUCAAUGGAUGGAUGUGCGGGUAAACGAUCGGUUGACAGGAUGGUUUUGCCUAGAAAAGCAAGCAUCCCUGAGAAUAUGAACAAGAAAAAUGAUAAGAGUGUUGGUUGUAGUAGUGCAAAGGUAUCUUACACCAAGGGAGCUACGCUUGGCGGCUCUACGGACAACAAUGCAAAAGUUGGUCGUCCUCCGGUUUGUUCCUCUUCUAACGGAAAAGAAAUUGUUGGGAGUUCAUCUCGAUACCUAAGAAAGCCAGCAACAUUUACUGGCAGGAGACUGCAGCGGUCUAACUUGGAAACAGAUUCUUCAGAGGCGAGCAGUGUUCAUGAUGGUCCAGCUGUAGCGGAGCCCACAAAGACUAAAAGAGGUAUAGUCAAUGUUCAUUCUAAAAACACUGUCUCUGGGACAAAGGUAGGAAGCUCAGGUAGAGGAACCAUCAUCAAAAAUAAUCAUGACUUGGGGGCUGGAGAUUCUCUAAUGGGUUCCUCUGUUUCUUCAUCUUCUGGUAGUGAGCACACCACUGUAAGAGGUGGUGGUCUGAGCAGGAAUGGAAUGAGGAGCAUGAGGUGCACUUCUAUGUCUGAUGUUGUUUCAGCUAACUCAACAAGAAUCAGUGUGACUAAAAGGAAAAACUCUGAUGGGGAGAGCAGCUCCUCUAGCAGAGCAAGUAAGACUAGCGUGUCGGGGGUGAAGGGAAGGAAUCAAAACUCUUCUGGCAUCACAGUUUCUGACAACAGAAGGAAUCUAAUAGUACCGACCAUCAGGGGUAACAGUGUUGUUUCUAUUAGUGGUAGAAGAUCUGGUACCUUUGGUAGAUCAGGGAGACUUGGAGUUAUUGCAUCCCCUGCUACUUCUCGACAAACGUCUCAUCCUGCAACACCAACCGAUCCUAGUUCUUCUCUUUCGAUGAUUCCAUCAAGUAGUCUUAGCAGGCUGAGCAGUAAUACUGGUCGUUUACGUAGCAUGAUGCCUGGUGGCCUCGGAGAAGAUGGCCCUUCUUCACCUUCACGCUCUUUGGUGAGCCAGGAUGGUUUCAGUCGCUACAACAUUAAUGGAAUCGCAGAGGUAUUGUUGGCCCUGGAAAGAAUUGAACAUGAUCAGGAGCUUACAUACGAGCGACUAGCUUCUUUGGAGACUAGUCUAUUCUCAAGUGGUAUGAUCAGAUUUUACGAUGAGCAUAGGGAUAUGAGGCUUGACAUUGAUAACAUGUCAUAUGAGGAACUACUAGCUUUGGGGGAUAAAAUGGGUACAGUGACCACAGCCCUAAGCGAAGAAGCACUCUCGAAAAGCCUCCAGAAAAGCAUUUAUCAGGACAAAGAUGAAAAUGGCCCCAACUCACUGAAUAAGGAUGAUGAUAUCAAGUGUAGUAUUUGCCAGGAAGAGUAUGUUGAUGGAGAUGAAGUAGGGACUAUGCCAUGUGAACAUAUGUACCAUGUGAGCUGUGUACAACAAUGGUUACGCAUGAAGAAUUGGUGCCCUAUCUGCAAAACCUCUCCGGAAGAAGAGAAGUCGUUGUAG